AUGGCAGUUGGUUUUCGGUCUGAGUUAUCCACUCCUGUUCAUCGAGGAAGCAGCACUGCCAAAGGAGCGUGGUCCAAGAAGAUGGAGGUGGAAGACGAGUGUGAAGAAACGGUGAUCGGAGACAAAGUGAGACAUCAAGUGUGCCGCGACCAAGCAGUUCAAGAUGCCAUACCCUCACAUCCACGGCGACGACGACUUCUCUUAUCCACCGAUAGCGCCUUCGCCGAUACGGUGCUCCCAUCCCUCAUCCACAACCCAAACAUCGAGCUGCGCCUGAUCACGGACGAACCCUCGGCUCUGCUCACUGGAACGAACAAAAUUCCACACUAUAUGGACACGGUUGAUAGCCAAACGUUUGACAAGAAGACUGGGGCGAGGAAAUGGCUGAAGGCAAAAACUGCGGAGCUGUGUGAAUGGGCGGACAUGCUGUUGGUUGCGCCCAUCGAUGCUGGAGCCCUUGGUGCGAUGUUGGCUGGUUUGACAAACACUUUGACCUUGGCGCUGCUUCGUGGUUGGGUGUCAAAGAAACCAGUCGUACUCAUUCCAGGAAUGACUGUGUCGGAAUGGGAUCAUCCGCUAAGUUCUCGCCAACUUGACGAGAUAAGCUGUUUUUGGCCUUGGGUCCGCAUUGUUAGGCCUGUGCUCUGGAAGUCAAAUGGGCCUGAAGAAUUGACAAUACUUCCAUGGGACGGGCUAAAGGAGUUGCACGGAACAUUGGAAACGACAUUAAAGCUUCCUUCGUGGGAUGCUACUUUGACUGGGGCUAGUUUGAAUGGCGCGGCCACAGCUACGAAAACUGCAUCGACAUCUAUAUACUCACCAUUGGCCUCGGGGAGUGGCAGUGGAUCUGCGCUGCGGAGCAUCCCGAAACCCGAAGGCAGCGCCCAUUUUUUACCUCUCGAGAUAUGGCUGAACGUUUUUGAAGAUCAACUAGGAGAUUGGGAAACAGCGAAAGCUGUUGGCAUUCCUUCGAAUCUCCCUGUCCCCAAAGAAUGGCAGAGCCAUUUGCUCAAAAUGUCCACACCAGCUUCACUCGAAUAUACCAUCCUGCGAGGAUCUUUCGCUGCAAUUAAAAAGCGAAUUGACGCCCUUCCUCGCUGGAAGCCGCUUUCUGACCUUGCAUGCCACCUAAUAGUCAAGUUUUCCCGAACCGAUAUCCUCUCUUAUCUCACUGAAAACCACUUGGACCUCCUGUGGACGACCUCUCGACUCACCAAUAUUCCAUACCGUGCAUCCGCGAUUUACGGCAACCCAAAGGUUCUCACCUGGUGGCGUGAUGCGCCCGCUCUGCCCAACAAAGAGUACAUGGCAGAUGCCAUGGAUGGCGCCUCCCGAGCCGGAUAUCUCCAUGUUCUGGAUUGGUGGCUCCAUUCCGGCCUUCCGCUGCGGUACAGCGAGCGUGCCCUCGAAGCCGCAAGUGCAGAAGGCCGAAUCGACGUGCUUGAUUGGUGGAAGACUGCUUCCGCAAACGCCCCAGCACACAGCCCUGUACCCCUCAAACCCGGCAAAUCCGUCCUUCUUGCAGCACAGAUGGGCCGCACUGCAUCACUCGCUUGGUGGGAUGCAUCGGGCAUCCCAUACAGCCACGCCGAGAACGUUGCUCGCAUCUCAAGCACCCACGGCCACGUACAUGUCCUCGAGUUCUGGUACCAACUCAAGGGUCCCAAGAUGAUUUUCGAUAAUCAGGUCUUGGUCGGCCCCACGAAGAAUGGACACGACCAUGUGCUGCAAUGGUGGAAGACCUGCGGGAUGCGCGUUGAGUUCAAAACAUGCGAUAUUGAAGAAGCGCUUGAAGACGCAGAUCCCACAUCUGGUGCCGAGGGCCGAGUCCGGCGUUGGUGGGAGCGGAAUGGGCUCAACCUUGGAGUUGAGAAGACUCAAGUGCGCAGACUAGCGACAGCUGCCAUCCCAAGCAUUCUCGUACCACCACUCAUCUUCAUCGGACUCCUCCUUGGCCUCUGGACCUGGAAAUGUUUCUGGAUCAUCGUCAUGCAAAACAAGCUUCUUUACAUCUCCUGGCUGCCACCAUUUACGCGCUCUGAGGUUAUAUCAGAUUACGAAGUCGAGUGCAGGCCUGUAAAAUGGGAAGAGAAGCAGAUACGCAGUCUUGAUGGGACUAAAUUGGCUGUUUGUGAGGGCCGCAUUCCAUCCAGCCUUAAGGACCGUGGAUCUACGCCUGGCAUUUGUACUUCGAGUUCUCAAAACAAGGAGACUGUGGGAUUGAAACGGAAAAGAUCUGUUGUUAUCUGUUAUUUUCAAGGGAAUGGUGGUUCAACGCCUAUGCGAUUGCCACUUCUUUCGCAGGUCUUGCGUUCGAUUACGGAAGCUUCUAAAUCAACAGACGGAACGACAUCAGACUCUGGAGACACAGAGUUUACGAUUGUUGCGCUGUCAUACCGGGGUUACUGGACAUCUUCUGGCCGCGCUACACAGUCCGGCAUCGAGAUGGAUGCCCAAGCAUUCUUAGACUGGGUUUCAAAGACCUACGCGGCCCCAGACACCCAUCUUGAACUUGUUCUAUGGGGCCACAGCUUAGGAGCAGCAGUUGCUAGCACAGCAACAGCUACCUAUCUUCCGCGUCAUGAAGACAGAUUGAAAUCAUCUUCGGAGACAAACAGUGGCCGGCCACUGCCGCCCAUUUCUCGGCUAAUCUUGGAGGCACCGACCUCCAGUAUCAAGGAUAUGUUGAUUGCCCUUUAUCCGCAGAAAUGGCUUCCGUAUCGAUAUAUGUGGCCCUUUUCUUGGAAUACAUGGGAUAUCAUGGCGAAAAUGAGCGAAAUGGCCAUGUGGAGAGACCGUGGUAAUAGUCUGGCUGGCUCCGAGAGCUUUGUAUCUGGCGCGAUGAAUCCACCACCCCGCUCAAUUCCACCGAUAUUUCUCCUUGCUGCAGAGAAAGAUGAGGUUAUUCCGGCAUACGUGCCGGAUCAGCUAGAAAAACGAGCGAAGUCACUCGGUAUGCAAAUUUACCGGAAAGAUGUCCUAGGUGCAAUGCACACUGAGGGACCACUCAAACUGGAUGGGCGGAAAGCAAUGGUGCAAUUUAUCCUCCAUGGUACCCCGAUACCGAAAAGCAUACCCUCAAAAUAA